AUGAUGAAAGUCACGCAGAAUCGAAGCUUCAGCACGAAGAGAAAUCAAACUCCCUGCCCAUUCCUUCAGUCUCCAAGCGAAUCGUGCUUGGGGACUCAGUCUGCAGUGUGUCAGGCACGGCUGACCCUGCAAACAGCAUGGCAGAGCUCAAAGGGGACAAGGACCUGUUCAGUAAAGCCCCAGAGCUGCUCGGCGAGGGCACGGCAGAGCUCCGGCACCGUGGACGGGCAGAGCUGUCCUCUGAGGCUGCCCCACGGCCACCCAGGGGCUUGGAGCAGUACUUGUCCAGGUUUGAUGAAGCUCUGAAGCUGAGGAACCAGCUGAUGCACGAGAAGCCAAGCCAGGAGAAUGGGAAUGCGGGGGAGGAGUUCGACUCUUUCCGCAUUUUCCGGUUGGUGGGAUGUGCUCUGCUCGCCGUCGCGGUCAGAGCCUUCGUGUGCAAGUACCUGUCAAUAUUUGCACCGUUUCUCACUCUACAACUUGCUUACAUGGGACUGUCCAAGUACUUCCCCAAGUCUGAGAAGAAGGUGAAAACAACAGUCCUGACUGCUGCUCUCCUACUGUCUGGAAUCCCUGCAGAAGUGAUCAGUCGCUCCAUGGACACCUACAGCAAAAUGGGAGAUGUUUUCACAGACCUUUGUGUCUAUUUCUUUACUUUUAUCUUCUGCCACGAACUUACUUUGGUUUUUGGCUCUGAAGUACCGUGAUGGCUGUAGAAUUCCACACAGUAGCUACACUAAAGCUUUCUGGACUGUGUUCCUUUAAUGUCUGACUGUGCAGACAGGUCUAAACCCUCGUUAACAUUCUUACCUGUUCAAAUGCUUGAAAGGAGCCUUAAAUCCAGUCAUUCUGGGAAAGGAAGAGCAGAGUCCAGGCUGCCAGUUGUAUAGCUUCAGUUUAUUUAAAUGCUGUGUCUGCGUGUUCCCAAUGUGAAGUUUAGGAUUGUUGUUAUGUUUUAACAGUGGAGGAUUUCUUGGCGUUAGUUAGAUGAUUCCCUUCUCAGCAUCCAGAAACAUUUACAGAGCUGCCUUUGUUCUUUUCAGUGAGAACAGAGUUCCCCUCAGCAGAACCAUAUAUAUGUGCAUAUCCUCUAUGACU